AUCUGCACCUGAAAUAAAAUAGACAAGAAACCGAUCUGUACAUUGGUAUCGGAACGGAAAAUUGCGGUUCAUUUAUUUUAUAACUGGAAGCGAAGGGACGAAACCUGAAUCGCAUACGUGGAAAGUUCCGAAAGUAAUGAGAGCGGAACUCAGGCAGUACCCAGCAGCUUAGGACUUGAGGGUUGUUAAAGAUCAAAGCGGAAAAGAAAUUCAAGUAAACAUCGACAGUGCCAGGGAAGUACGUUUGUCAUAUCCUCGUUCAAUCACUUGGAUACUGAGUCCAUUUACCUACACAACGACCGGGACCACAAAGAACAACAGAAGUUCAUAAGUCAGACGGAAGUUUGCAUUCUCCUUGGUAACGAUACUCUGCGGACAAUCCGGAAUUUGCAGGUGGAAAACAAAUUGACUCCCAAUCAACAUGAGCACUUUUCCAAAUAAAUUCAUUUCUACAGAAAGCUCUUUAGCUUGUGUUGAGGCUGAAUUUAUAAAGAAUCUCCAGCAACAGAUCUACUAUCUGGAGCUAGAAGCCAAUUUCCUUCGUGAGCAAACGAGAAAGUCCAUCAUCCUUCAGCCGAAGGUGGAGUCAGAAGCAGAGACAAUGUCACGGAAACUGCGGGAGCUACAUUGUCAAGCUGAUGGUUUGCGCUUGGAACUGAAGCGGAAGGACGCCUAUUUAAACACACUGCAGACUGAAAAGGAGAGACUCAGCAAGCAGCUUAAACAAUCAGAUGAUUCCCAUUCAAAGGAAAAGCAAUCCCUUGUGGAGGAGAUUAUACAGCUAAAGAAAAUGAAGGAGCUUACAGACAGGGAGCUCUCACACAAGGAAACAGAAAUACUACAGAGCAAGCAGGAACUGGAACGGCAGAUCUCUGACCUAAAGAACACUGAUCACAAGGUUAUAACGUUAAAUGAGCGAAUCGGACAAAGAUCAGAUCAAGAGAAAGUGAUUGUGACGCAACUAGAGGAAAAACGCCUCAUGCUUUUAAAAGUGCAGUCAGCUCUCCAGGAAAUGGAGGGGAAGCACAGUGCCAACACAGCUGCCAUGCAGGAUAAAAUCACACGUGAUUACAGAGAUGAGAUCCGUCUCCUUCAUCAACAGCUGCGUGAGAAAGAGAUGAUGAGAGAACAGGACCGCUGCCUCAGAAGUAACAUGACUGAUAAUUGUGCUUCUUUGAUCAAGGAAAAUGCCCAGCUACAUUCACAGAUUCUUGAGCUCAAAAAACAGUUAGACAGGGAGAGGAUAGUGAAAGAGGAGACUGAUCUUUGCCGUACCUCAAGUGUGGUUCAAUUGAUUACUGUAAAGGAUCAUAAGCAGCAACUGGAAUAUGAGUUGAAGAGACACAAGGAGCUCCUGGAAAUUAAGAAAAACAAAUUUAAGGAACUUAUGGAAAAGAUUCUGCUCCUUGAACAGGGGAAGACCUCGCUGGAACUGAACAAAGACACUCUGCACUGUCGUAUAGCUGAGAUGCAAAGCAGAAUUGCAAAUAUCGAAGAAGAGAACCUUCAGUUGCAAAGAGACAAGGUUCUGCUAAUCGAACUCAUUACUGAUUUACAGAAGCAGUUUUCAAGUAAGGAAGAAGAGCUCUCUCGCGUCUACUCUGAGAUACAUUUAAUUGAUGAAGACAUUUCCACUCUGAAAUCCCAGAAUGCACUGGAACAGUCCGUUCAGUCUGAAAAAUGGCAGGAACUCUCCAGAGUGUCUGGUUUGGCAAAAUUAACUGGGUCAAUAAGCAGGAAUGAUAGAAAAUAUGCUCAAUAAUGUUUUAGUCAUUGUGUAGUAUAAUUUAUAGCUUUAUAUACAGUGGAUGAAAUAAUUAAGCUAGAAAAUGUGUAUUUUUCUUUAGAUUUGAUGUGCAAUUUGUAAAAAACUUGUGUUUUGUUUCACAUAACACUAUAAAAUUCUACUUUGCAACAAAUGCUAUGAACAAAGAACAUUGCUGUGUUUGUUUCCAUGAACAAACUCAAGUUUUUUUGGCACCCAGCUAGUUCCAAUGUCCAGCAUUAUAUCAGGGCAGAGUGUAACUCUAGAAAAACCAUUUUAGAAAUUAUAGAAAAUCUUUGCCCCAAGACAAUCCAUCUCUCAACUCAAAUCAAAUCACCCUCAACUUUUCAGUGCUAAAUUCUCAUUUUUUUUCCGUCCACGAGUUAGUUGUUAUCUAUUUGCUCUCCUUCCUUUCCUAUUGCCCAUCCAGUCCAACACAUUUUACAGAACUAGCUUUAAUUCUGAACGCUGCUGGCUAAUUUUUCCUCUACUCUCUGCAUGCAUAUCAUACACGAGGAUCACUUCAUAGAAGCAAAUCAUCCUAUGGCUGCAGCCCAUCAAGUCUAUACCAUCAGUCAAAUUAUCCCACAUUUUUCCCAGAGCCCUGCAAAUUAGCAUUAAUUGAUUCUAUUUCUGCUAUCCCUAGAGGCAGUGGAUUUUAGUUAAUUACUACACUUUUUGUAGUAUCUCUUUUCUAAAGUUUUAAGACUUUUACUCCAGUCCUUGAUCCAUCCCUUAAUGAAAAUGUCCCUUAAUUUACUUCACCCCUCCCAUUCUCUCGGUUUCACCUCUCACCUGCCACCUUGUACUUCUUCCUCCCCAGUCCUGAUGAAGGGUCUCAGCCCAAAACAUUGACUGUUUACUCCUUUAAAUAUACUGUGGAAUCUGCACAAACAAAAGAAAAUCUGCAGAUGCUGAAAAUCCAACCGACUCACCCAAAACGCUAGAGGAACUCAGCAGGUCAGGCAGCAUCUAUGGAUAAGAGUACGGUCGACAUUUCAGUAAAACUCCCCAACACAUUCUUCUUUAUUUUUGUUACUUUUCUGUGACCACACGUUGUGGUAAGUUGUAACCAUUUUCACAUCACAAGGUGAUCUUUGACCAAAAUCUUGUUUUAGAAAUUCAAACUUUUUCCUAUAUUCUGCCAAAUACUUGAUAUGUUGAAAAAUGCAUAUUCUAAUUAAACUUAUUACUAAAGAUAAAUAAAUAAUUGCCUUUUUAAUUUGCAGUUUUUUAUUAUUAUGCAUUGCAAUGUAUCGCUGCCACAAAACAACAAAUUUGAUGACAUAUGCCAAAGAUAUUAAACCUGAUUCUGAUCCUGAUUUUUUCCAAAAAUUCCAAAUUCUAUUUAUUGUUAAUUGAAAAAUGGCACAUUGGCUAACAUUUCAUCUUCACAAAAAUCAUGUUCAUAUUGUACAGACUGGGUGAUGCACAGCUCCAGGCAGUGAAAACAAAAUUCUACUCAUUAUGUCGAAAACGACAUAUAACAAGUUCUCCUCUGCACACUUGUGAAGAUCUGAAAGAUCAAAUGGUAGAGUUUUGGGAAAGGAACAUGCAAAAUGCUAAGGAACAUGGUAGUAUUUUGGAAAAAGACAAUCCCGUCUAUCUCCUCCCCAUCAAGGACCCUUCAUCUCAAAUCCAGGAUUUAGCAGGGAAAUACUUGUACAAUUAACUAAGUUCCUUUCUACUGUUUACCAGAGUGUUUCAGGCUGUGCUUCAGCUUUGCAGUGCAAAGUGAGGAAACAAAGUUAUGACCGUCCCCCAUUACUCAGGAUGGGGAAUUCAGAUGAACAAUCUAUGCCAGGUUAGAUUAGUGCAGCAAUGGCUUUGCAUACUCGAAUUGAGAUGAUUGGCUAUAAGAAACCAAGGUAAUUUAAUGUUUUGAAUUAUUUUUGUUCAUAUAAAUUAUUGAAUUUGAAGUAAAUUUACAUAUUUAAUUGUGUAACAAAAUAUGAUAUUUCAAUAUGUUUAAUGGUUUGGUUGUGUUCUAAUAUUUGUUGAAUGCUAUGGCAAUCCGCUAACUUGGGGAUGAGGCUUAGCUUAUGUCAAACUUGCUUUCAGCAUUUUGUGUCGGGGCUAUUUCAUGGGACUGUGCAGAUGAGACUCGGACUUUGCCCCUUCGUUGAGCCAGCUCCCCUAGGGAAAUUGUAAGCCAAUCACAGUUGUAGGGCUCACUCCUGACUAAAAGUUCUAGAUUACCAGUAAAAGUAUUGUUAGGUUUGCAGCAAAGUGAUCAGAGUUCACACCUUUUCAAAUGAUAAUUGCAUCAGGACAUGUAUAUACUUCUGGUAAGAUGGCAGCACGUUUGGAUGCAGCAGUCCCAAAGGUGUUCUUUUCAUUGUUAAAUGUGCUUCUUAUUAUUGUCAGACUGUACUGGACUCCAAGAACUAUGGGUGCAUAUGUCUACCACAUUAGGGAGCUGCUCGUUGUUUUGGAGUAGCCGGCCGGGGUGUCGUAGGAGCCCGCUGGCAAGUUGGAGAAAGAGAAGCCGGCCAACGGGACAGAGAAGCAGAGGUCAGCUGGCGGGCCAGAGUAGGGGGAGCUGGUCUGCAGGCCAGAGAAGGAGCCAGCCGGUGAGUCAGAGGAACCAAAUUGGGUUCAGAGGAGCUGACCUGGGUCCAGACCAUGCUGCUGCCAGCUACUAGAAGGCAUUGGAGUUGGUGCACGAAAGCAGCUUGCGCUGUAACCGUGAGUGACUGUCUAAGGCGUUUCUCUUGGAAUCGCAAGACCCUGUUGGACACUGAUUAUGUAAGAUACAGCAGGCCUGUUUCCCUUGGUGACUCAACAGACAGUGAGGCAGUAGCGUGGACUCAGUUGUAGCAAGGACUAGGCCUAAAACCGGGGGCUUGCCAGCUGCUGCAGCCCAGGUGAGGAGACGCCGGAGAUGAUGUAGUCUGGCAUCCCUUCUCAGUUAGGACUGAUCUCCUGCUGGUGCUGCCCUCCAGUGUUUGACCUGUGGAUUGACAGGAACUGUACCAUCAAUUUGUGGGACACGCCAUUCAGGGUGUUGGACUAUAUAUGCCUUUUCUUAUGUGACUAUGUUUUUUUUUGUCCCUCACUGUUUUGAUUGUGCUGUGUAUGUUUUGCACUUUGGUCCCAGAGUUCAGUUGUACGCAUGUAUGAUUGAAUGAUAGUUAAGCUUGAUUUAAUUUGUGUGUAGGCUCAUCUUUGGUCACUGGUAGUAAACAUAAGGUCUUCAAAUUCAGUCCAGUAGAUCAGUGGAUCAGUUAUUCAGGAGGUGAGUGCAACCAGGAGCCAAUACUCAGACACUCAGCAGGAGUGACCAAAGGUGAGUACAUCUGCCUAUAUGUAGCCAUUGUAGCAGUAUAGAUCAGGUGUUACUUAUAAGACAGGACACAAGGUACUCUUUGAGACUAAUCAUUUAAGACAAUGUCAUUAUUUUGGUAGACUGAAGAGUCAUGAAUCAGUCACCAUUUUACAUUUCACGUUUUUCUACAGUAUGUAUAAAUCAGUCUGAUAAUUCACUAUCAUCUAUUUUGUUAUACAGCUGAGAUCACUUACUUCAUGAACUCUCCACAAAUAAUUUGAAUAAUUGCUUAGCUAAUCUGCAAAGCAUAUUGAACAUAAGAAAUAGGAGCAGGAGUUGGCCAUGAGGCCUAUUGAGCCUGCCCUGCCAUUCAAUAAGGUCAUGGCUGAUCUGUCUGUAAACUCAGCUCCACCCCCUGCCUUUCCCCCAUAACCCUUAAUUCCCCUACUAUGUAAAAAUCUAUCUAACCGUUUCUUAAAUAUAUUUAGUGAGGAAGCCUCAACUGCUUCCCUGGGCAGAAUUCCACAGAUUCACCACUCUCUGAGAAAAACGGUUUCUCCUCAUCUCCAUCCUAAAUCUUCUCUCCGAAUCUUGAGGCAAUGUCCCCUAGUUCUAGUCUCACCUACCAAUGGAAACAACGUUCCUACUUCUAUCUUAUCUACCCCUUUCAAAAUUUUGUAUGUUUCUGUAAGAUCCUCUCACAUUCUUCUGAAUUCCAGAGAUUAUAGUCCCAGGUGACUCAAUCUCUCCUCAUAGGUUAACCCCUUCAUCUCUGGAAUCAACCUGGUGAACCUCCUUUGCACUGCCUCCAAAGCCAAUAUAUCCUUCCUCAAGUAUGGAGACCAGAACUGCGCACAAUACUCCAGUUGCGGCCUCACCAGUACCCUGUAUAGUUGCAGCAUGACUUCCCUGCUCCUGAAUUCGAUCCCUCUAGCAAUGAAGGCCAACAUUCCGUUUGCCUUCUUAAUAACCUGUUGUACCUGCAAGCCAGCUUUUUGCAAUUCAUGAACAAGAACUCCCAAGUCCCUCUGCACAACAGCAUGCUGCAAUCAUUCACCAUUUAAAUAAUAAUCUGUUCUUCUGUUAUUCCUUCCAAAGUGGAUGAUCUCACAUUUACCAGCAUUGUAUUCCAUCUGCCAGACCUUGGCCCACAUUGGAAUUUAUAGCUUUAUAUAGACGUAAUGGAG